AUGAUCGCACCCAGGCUCGUGGCUGGGGCCGCGCCACGCUUGGUGGUCAGGCGUUUGGCGAGGCCUCCAGCUUGGUCACCAACAGGUUGCGCCUUUUCGACGCAGAGUCUGAGGCGAAAUGAGAGUAAGCCUGAGACGGCUUCGGGUGCCAACCCGAAUGCUGGCAAUGACAAGGGUCAAAGGGAGCCUUCUGUAGCCUCCAAAAUGGCGGAAUCUGCUGCCACGACUUUUGCAUCGAUUCUCGUGCUGGGACUCGGCUUCGCUGCUGCGGGCUACAUUUACCACAGGUCCUACAAGAUGCUCGUCGUCAACAAAAUGGUCCGCGCCUUUGAGCCCGGCGACCCGGUCCUCGAUCUGGCCGCCGUCGCCAAAGACAUGCCGUCCCAUCGCGAGACGAGCGAGGAGCGCUGGGUGCACCGCGAUGAGCAGACCAUUGUCGAUGCCAUUGUCGACGGGCGCGACGUCGGCCACUACUUUCUCAUGAUUGGCGACAAGGGCACCGGCAAGAGCAGCAUGCUGCUCGAAGCCAUGCGCAAGAUUGACGGCGACGGCGUUUCCAUGUUUGAGGCCCACGCCGAUCUCGAGGUCGUCCGUCUGCGUCUCGGCAAGGCUCUCAACUACGAGUACCAUGAGGACUACAUUGGCGGCUACUUUAGCGAGCGCGGCCCGCGCGAGUCCACCGCCCUGCUCGAUAUUGAGCGCGCCCUCAACAAGCUCGAAAAGGUCGCCAUGAAGCUAAUCGAGAAGCGUAAGAAGCCGCUGAUUCUUAUUGUCAAUCAGAUGCAUUUGCUGCGCGACGAUGAUGACGGCCGCGACCUCAUCGAGCUGCUGCAGCAACGCGCCGAGCAGUGGGCCGCCACCAAUCUCGUCACCAUGGUCUUCAAUUCGGACGACUAUUGGGUCUACGAGCGCCUCAAGCAACUCGCCACGCGCAUGGAGGUCCUCCCCAUCACCGACCUGCCCAAGGCGCAAGCUGUCGAUGCUCUGAAAAAGUAUCGCCAGCGUUACUGGGGAGAGUCGCUCGACAUGGAGCGUCUCGAGCAGGUCUAUGACCGCGUCGGUGGACGCUUGAGUUUCCUGAACAAGGUCGCAAAGAGCAAGGACAUGCUAGCAACAUGCGAAAGCAUACAGGACAUUGAGAAGAAGUGGUUCCUGAACCAGUGCUGGAUACUGGGCAUGGAAAUGGACGACGAUGUCAUGGACCAGCAGAAAUGGGCGGCUGCCGCCAUGGUUCUCGCGCAGGCAUUGGUGGCCAAGGAAAAGGACAUGGAACUGAUAUACGACCCCGUCGUAGGCCAUUUGCUGCCUUCGUACCCGUUCCACAUUGCACAGGAACUCAUGACGCGCUGCGACUUUAUCCGCAAGCUCGACAGCCUCAAUCUGUUUAGCAUCACGAGCAAGGCCGACGUGCGAGCCAGCAGUGUCCCCAUGCACCGCGCGUUUCAAGAGAUUUGCAGCCAGCCGGGCUUUGACAAGCAUCUGGAACUGACCAUACAGCGCAUCGCCGACAUUGAGAGCCUGGGCAGGACGCGCGAACUGGUGGCCAAGGAUCUUGUUCUCGGCGGGCACUACGAGAUUGAGGCGGGCCGCAAGGGAAUCACGGUGAGGAUAAAGGAGGCUGAAAACAAGGACGAUAGAUGGGUUGAUUCGCGUGGUAUCGCAUCUAGCCUUCUUUCCCUUGUGCGAACGCAAUCAUCGCCCGCCAAAGCCGACGUCAGCACCAAGAAGGACAAGCACCGCGCGCGUCGCCAGCGCGAGGCCGAGCAGAUAGACCGAGACGACGACACGAUGGCGAUGGCGUCGCAAGAGCUGCCGCCUCUUCCCAACGACGAUGGGGCCAGCGAUGUGGAAGUCGACUUUGGCGCAUUGGAGGUGUUUGACAGCAACGCCGCCACUAUACCGUCGUCGCAGGCCGUCGAGCCCACAUCCUCCAAGAAGAAGCGACGCGAUAAGAAAAGGGACAGAAAUGAGCUCAGCAGCGCAUCCAAGUCGCAGAAACGCGCAAGCAGGCACUCGAGCUCGAUCAAUGGCCACGAUGACGCCGAGGAGCGCGCCGACGUGACGCCUGCCUCGCUGUCCAAGAAGAAGCGCAAGAACUCUGACUCGUCGGACGGCAAGGAGAGGAAGAAGCGCAAGGCGCACGCCGCCAUUGACAUGAUCGCCGAGGAGCAGGCCCAGCCAGAAGUCCCAAGCUCGCCCACCGCAGCGCGCUCGCACCGUAAGGGCCUGUCGAGCAAUCUUGCGGACGCGGAUGACGUCGAGGCCGCCGAGAUGGAGCGCGACGUGGCAGCUAUGGCCCGGCAGGCGUGGCAAGAACACAUCAACACACAGGCCUCCCAGCAGCCAGAUGCCGAAAUGACGGAUGCUGCUUCAAUUGGGGCAGAGGUACAAGCAGAGACGCAGGCAGAGGUGCCAACGAAUGCGACAUUUGAAGCAGCAGCCGAAGCACCAGCGGACGAAGUUACAUCGACCCCACGACGUCCACUCUCCACACGCAAGAAGUCGAAGCCAACUUACUUCGAUCAACCCUUCACGUACGCCUCACUUAAGGCCUUUGAACAACUACCCUCACCUUCGGCCAUGACGCCCAAGCCUCGGCGCACAAAGAAGGCAACCUCUAAAAAGGGCCCUAGACGCCAACGCAAAGCUGGCCGGGAGGCUGAUCUCUAUAGUGAUGAGGCUCCUCGAGCGAGCUACACAGAGGGAAAAUUCAGCGAGGAGGAACUGUCCCGUGUUGCUCACGCUAUUGAAAGCUUCAGAGUCGAAAACAAUCUGGAGCAGAGCGAUGUCAACGAUAUGAUUCAAAAACCUGGCGGAACCAGCGCGGGAGAAGCACAUGCUCAGCUCUGGCUUCGCAUCUUUGCCGAAUGCCCCGAUCGCCGCCGACAAAAAGUAAUCAAUGUUUGCCGGAAAAAGUUUCACAAUUUCGUCGCGCGAGGCACUUGGACAUGGGAGCAGGACAUUGAACUGUCUGGGCUCAUUAAUUUGCAUGGCAAAAAAUGGUCCUACAUUGCAGGUCUUAUCAACCGCCAUCCCGAGGACAUUCGCGAUCGUUAUCGAAACUACCUUAUUUGUGCCGGCGCACAGAAAAGGGAAGCCUGGACCGAGGACGAGGAGGCACGCUUGACGCGCUUCGUCCAAGAGUCCAUGAAGCUAGUUGAUGAUGUGCGCGCAACUGACCCUGUCAAAGAGGAGGAGUUGCGUGGGAAGUCGUAUGAGGAACUCAUCGACUGGCAAUCAAUCAGUGUGCAGAUGGAGCGUACGAGAAGUCGCUUACAGUGCAUAACCAAGUGGAAGGCCAUGAAUCUGCGAAUCAAUGCCCAGGAUAAACUCGCUUCGGCCGACCCCGACUCUAGCAUUUCUUUCCGACUUGAGAAGGCCCGUCGUCAACUUGAGAAUAUGCCCGAUACCGAAAAGUUUCGUAUGGUGCUUGCUAUCAAGUCCGUGUCGGCUUCUACUGCUGCAAGGAUUCCAUGGCAGAAGCUAUGUGACAAAAAAUUCCGCAAUACGUGGCAUCGCUCCACGCAAGAGCUCGUUUGGAACCGCCUGGUCAAGUCUGUUCCGGGUUCACAGAUGAUGACAGCGCGAGACUGUGCUCAGUAUCUUGCGGACAAGUACAGCCAGGAGGGAGGCUUGCCCGACAUUUCUGGCGGGGGCUGGGACGACGAAGAAGAGAUGACGCUCAUCUCCCAAAUCUCAUCCAGAAACAAGGAAUUCCGGCAAGGCGUCAGCAAGGAGAAGCUCACUCAGGAAGACAUGCGAGGUGACGAAGACGAACUUGCGGAUGAAAUUCAGGAAAUACAGAUCGAUCCUGCCUUGGAUGCGCUCGCCGAGGUGCCGCAGUCUGCACAAAAGGCUACCCCGGCGAGAAGAACCCAGAAUGGCAAGCGACCUUUAGCUCGGAAACCUAAGAGACGGGUUGAACCGAUUGAAGAGUCUGCCGAUAUCGUUGCUGAUGCGGAAGAGGCCGACGGCGACGACAUAGAUGAAAGCAGUCACCGCAAGCGCAAGACGCCGACCAAGUUUAAGGAUAGCAGGGCCGAUACGGCGCCGUCGUCGGACAUGGACGACAUGGAGGAUGUUCCGGCUCGUGUGGACUGA